GUGAACAAGACAAACGUAGGGCUUUAAGGACUGGCAAAAAUGAGAAAGGAAGAGAACAAGAAGAGGCUGAGAGUAGCUGGAAACAAGAAAGGAAACAUCCAAGGCAGAGAGAGAGAACCUGCCCCCAGGCCCAUGGCAGGUGAGACACAGCCGGAACCCACCUGUGAGCCCUGGCUCCCUGAAGACCAAGGCAGAUCCACAGACCAGCAUGGCUGCCACUGCCGCUGUCAGUCCCAGUGACUACCUGCAGCCCGCCGCCUCCACCACCCAGGAUUCCCAGCCAUCUCCUCUAGCCCUGCUGGCUGCAACAUGUAGCAAAAUCGGCCCUCCGGCUGUGGAAGCUGCAGUGACGCCUCCUGCUCCCCCCCAGCCCACGCCACGGAAACUCGUCCCCAUCAAACCUGCCCCUCUCCCUCUCAGUCCUGGCAAGAAUAGCUUUGGAAUCUUGUCCUCCAAAGGAAACAUCCUCCAGAUUCAGGGGUCACAACUGAGUGCGUCCUACCCUGGGGGGCAGCUGGUGUUCGCUAUCCAGAACCCCACUGUGAUCAACAAAGGGACCCGAUCGAGUGCCAAUAUCCAGUACCAGGCGGUCCCGCAGAUACAGGCGAGCAACUCCCAGACCAUCCAGGUCCAGCCCGGUCUCAGCAACCAGAUCCAGAUCAUCCCCGGCACCAGCCAAGCCAUCAUCACCCCCUCACCAUCCAGUCACAAGCCCGUCCCCAUCAAGCCAGCCCCCGUCCAGAAGUCGAGUACAACCACCGCCCCUGUGCAGAGUGGGGCCAACGUGGUGAAGCUGACAGGUGGCGGUGGCAACGUGACGCUCACCCUCCCCGUCAACAGCCUUGUGAACACCAGCGACUCCGGGGCCACCACUCAGCUCCUCACGGAGAGCCCCCCCACCCCAUUGUCUAAGACUAACAAGAAAGCCAGGAAGAAGAGUCUCCCUGCCUCCCAGCCCCCCGUGGCCGUGGCCGAGCAGGUGGAGACGGUGCUGAUCGAGACCACUGCGGACAACAUCAUCCAGGCGGGAAACAACCUGCUCAUUGUUCAGAGCCCGGGGGGCGGCCAGCCAGCCGUGGUCCAGCAGGUGCAGGUGGUGCCCCCCAAGGCGGAGCAGCAGCAGGUGGUGCAGAUCCCCCAGCAGGCCCUGCGGGUGGUGCAGGCGGCAUCUGCCACCCUCCCCACCGUCCCCCAGAAGCCCUCCCAGAACUUUCAGAUCCAGGCGGCUGAGCCCACGCCUACUCAGGUCUACAUCCGUACGCCUUCCGGUGAGGUGCAGACAGUCCUUGUCCAGGACAGCACCCCGACAACAGCUGCAGCCACCUCUGCCACCACCUGUAGCAGCCCGGCAUCCCGUGCUCCCCAUCUGAGCGGGACCAGCAAAAAGCAUUCUGCUGCAAUUCUCCGGAAAGAGCGCCCCCUGCCAAAGAUUGCCCCUGCUGGGAGCAUUAUCAGCCUGAAUGCAGCACAGCUGGCAGCAGCGGCCCAGGCCAUGCAGACCAUCAACAUCAACGGGGUCCAGGUCCAGGGCGUGCCUGUCACCAUCACCAACACUGGCGGGCAGCAGCAGCUGACGGUGCAGAACGUCUCCGGGAACAACCUGACCAUCAGCGGGCUGAGCCCCACGCAGAUCCAGCUGCAGAUGGAGCAGGCCCUGGCCGGGGAGGCCCAGCCUGGGGAGAAGCGGCGCCGCAUGGCCUGCACGUGUCCCAACUGCAAGGAUGGGGACAAGAGGUCUGGAGAGCAGGGCAAGAAGAAGCACGUGUGCCAUAUCCCCGACUGUGGCAAGACUUUCCGGAAGACAUCCUUGCUGCGGGCCCACGUGCGCCUGCACACCGGCGAGCGGCCCUUUGUCUGCAACUGGUUCUUCUGUGGGAAGAGGUUCACCAGGAGUGACGAGCUGCAGCGGCACGCCCGCACGCACACAGGGGACAAACGUUUCGAGUGUGCCCAGUGUCAGAAGCGCUUCAUGAGAAGUGACCAUCUCACCAAGCAUUACAAGACCCACCUGGUCACGAAGAACUUGUAAGGCCAAUCUAGCCGGGAUUCAGUCCCUUAUCUGCGUCCUGCCUGGGCCCCUGGUGGAAAGGAGGUCCCCGGGCUGCCCUGGGCCCCUCCCUUCUGUUCUGCAACUGUCCCCCCAGGAAGGGGCUCUGCUGCCCCACUCUCGCCUCCCUCUCAAGCCCCUUGGCUCCGCCCUGGCCCUCCCCUCUCACCUCGAGCUCCCGGCCUGCCCAGACCGUGGACGUUGGCCAUGCCCAAUGAGACGUUCUAAACCAGGACGAGUGGGAACCCUUAUUUCCAAAGGAAAAACAUGAAUUUCACUCCGUCGAGGAGCAAAGUGAGCCCCCCAGUCCUCUCCCCCCAACACUGCCGGAGUCGCAUUGUGCCAUGUCUCUCUCUCUCUCUCCACCCACAGCCCUCCCCAGCCCCGCCAACCACCUCGGAUGCCCUGGGACCCUGCACCCAGGGCACCACUGGCACUCCCCCUCCCCCGGAGAGGCUCACGGGGCUGCCUCCACUCCACAUGCCCAGCCCUGCCACAGCUCUCCUCCAGCACAUUCCAACUUUCUAUUUAAAAAGUCAAGCUACCCACCGAUGCCCUCUUUUUCUAUGGAGAACGUUGCCUUAUACUCUACUUCAGAUGAUGAACACUGUGUAUUGUGUGUGCUUUAAAGUUUUAUUUAAUUGCUCCCUUCCUCCCGUCCUCGUUACUCACCUCCCCCACGCCUGCUUCAGUUUAGGGUUUGGGGGGCAAUGAAGAGCAUACGGAUUUUUUUCUCACUCUAGCAAUUCUCUUUUCUAAAUGACACAGCAUUUCAACUCGAAUCUGGAUUCAGAUAAAAACACCUUCACCUCCUGAUCCUCUUCCCUCUCCCCUCACCCCACCCCUGCCAGCCCCAGCCCUCCUUGUGUACAGUGUAUAUUGUAUAAUGGACAAUUGUGUCUACUACAUGUUUAAAAACAUAUUGCUUGUUAUUUUUGAGGCUUUUAAAUUAAACAAAAAUCCAACUUUAUUUUUAGUUGUAACUGCUUGAGGUAUGUUUUAUGAAUUAAGUGACAGAUUUGUUAUCCUUUAUUAACGAUGUACUCUGUUGGUCAGCACUGGGCUGACGAAAAUUUUUUCUUGCUAAUAAAUUUAGUUGCCUGAGGCAAAAUCUGCAA